AUGUCGAGCAGACGAAUCGCGACGGGGGAUACCAUCUUUGCCAGCCAACUCUUCACAAGACAGGAGCUUGUAGGACGCGGCGCUUAUGGGGCCGUCUACAAAGGGAUUGAGAAUGCAACACAACAAGUGGUCGCUAUCAAGGUUCUCAAUCUCGACACUGAGGAAGAAGACGUUUCAGAUAUCCAGCGAGAGAUCGCGACCUUAUCGCAGCUCAAGAAUUGCGACUCACAGAACAUUACGCGAUACCAUGGCAGCUUUUUGAAUGGGACAAAACUCUGGAUCGUCAUGGACUAUGCCGCGGGAGGAAGCAUACGAUCUCUGCUACAAGCCUUGACGAGGAUAGACGAAAAAUGCAUAGCAGUCAUUGCGAGGGAGGUUCUCCAAGCACUGGGAUAUCUUCAUAAGCAUGGCAUUAUCCACAGAGACAUUAAAGCCGCCAACAUUCUCUUAACGGACGAGGGGCGGGUACAACUAUGCGACUUUGGCGUGGCGGGUCAAGUAACGAUGAACUCAUUGAAGCGCAACUCGUUUGUUGGCACACCGUACUGGAUGGCACCAGAGGUGAUCAGGGAAGGCCAGACUUAUGACUAUAAGGCUGACAUCUGGUCCUUAGGAAUUACGAUAUAUGAGAUUGCCACGGGGAAUCCACCGUUCGCAGAUCAGGACCCUAUGCGAGCCGUGUCAUUAAUUCCAAAGUCAAGACCUGCUCAGUUAGAGGGCGACUGGUCCCCAGCCAUGAAGGAGUUUGUCGCUCUCUGCCUUCACGAAGAACCCAAUGAGCGGCCCUCAGCAGAGGAUUUAUUGAAGACAAAGUGGAUCAAGAGUAACAGCAAGAAUUCAAUCUCAUUACUGAAAGAUCUGGUCGCCAAGUUCAAGCAGCAUAAACUGGAUUCGGCACUCCAUAAAGAAGAGACCAACAGGUAA